GAUAAAACAGAAUGAUUUGCGAUUUGCAUGUUGCAUGACAUACUCAGACGACUCAUAGUUGACUGUCCAUUAACACUCAAAAGCCCAAACAUAUUCUUUUUGCUAAUUGAAUUAUUCAAUUUCAUACAAUAAAUAUUUUGUUACAAAAUGUACUAGACUAGAUUUACAUCACAACUUUCCUAUUUAAUCAUGGUUGGUAAAAACUGCGACGGAACUGAGAAGCAAUUUAAAGAUGAGUGCACAUCAUCAACAGUUACAAAAUCAACAGCAACAGAGAACGAAAAUACAAUUAAAGCCCGAAUCGAAGGCGGAUCAUCGAUAAUUCAAAUCAGUAAAAAUGCAGACACGGAAAGGGGAGGAGGGGUCGAGGAGCAGCUCAGUGACAGUGUUGGGGGCGAAGAGUUACACUUUUUCUCCAGAUAUCGAGGAAUGCUCCUGGCCCUUCUGUCCAGCUUCAUGUUUUCUUUGACCUCCAUGCUGGUCAAAUUCCUGGAGAGCUACGACCCAGUCACAAUUGCACUUUGGAGGUUUCAAGGUGCUCUCCUCCCAUCCGUCGUCUUUCUAGUUUUUAAAUUAACCAAGGAGCGUUAUUCCAAUGCUUUGGAAAGCAAUUCUGAAAAUAGAAAAGAGUUUGUGUCGAAACAGAGUCCAAGAGCGAGUCUGUUGGAUUCCUUAUACCCACCGACAGACAAGAAAAGACUAAAAAUGCUGAUGCUGGUCUUGGUACGAAGUAUUUUGACUUGCAAUGCUCUUCUACUUCAUUUUUACUCACUGAAGAAUCUGGACAUGGGGGACGCUCUUGUGAUCUCGUCGAGUACUCCGGUUUUUGUGACACUUUUUGCUCACUAUUUUCUUGGGGAAAAGUGUGGCGUGAUACCAAUUUUAUCAGCCGUUAUGACUGUUUUUGGAGUGAUUGUCAUUGCAAAACCCCCACAUAUAUUUGACAAUGAAGAGUUUGACAGGAAAACAAUGAUCGGAACAUUUCUGGCCCUCGGUUCCAUGUUGGUGGCGACGUGUUCAUACCUGGUUCUUCGUUACAUCAGAAAAGUGCACCACGUUCUCACGACGCUGUUUUUUGGGGGCUGGGGCACUGCUGAGACGGUCGUCCUUGUUCUUGUCCUUGGGGUUUGGAGUUGGCCUAAUUGCUACAAGGACUGGCUGGCGGCAAUUGCGCUGGCCUCACUGACCUUCACGGGUCAAAUGGCCAUAAUUCUAGCCAUGAAAUGUGAAAAGGCUGGACCUGUUUCACUUGUUCGAACUUGUGAUGUAAUAUUUGCAUUUUUCUGGCAGAUCUGUGUAUUUGACUGCUGGCCAGAAAUUUAUAGUUGGAUCGGAUGUUCAAUCGUGAUGUUCAGUUUAGUCGUGACGGCUUGCAGGAAAUGGAUCGAGUCCUUGGAACCAAACGACAUUAACAGACAACGCUUUUUCUUUCUUUUGCUAUGAAAAUACCAAAAUUCUUUCCUACCGAAUAAAUUUUGUGAUGAAGCUUUUUUGUUGGCCAACAUUUUACAAGUCGUCAUCUCAAUUUUGUAGCUCGCGACAGUUUUCUCUCCUAUUAUGUGCAUACACAUUUGAAUGGGUUAAUAAAGCCACGCCUAAAUAGAAA